AUGGAAGUCUGCACUUUAUGUAUGGACGGCUUUACAUUGCAAUAAAAUGCGUGCAUAGUUAAUGUUUGUGAAAACUACUAGUUUUAUGAUGCCUCAUAAUCUAAUUCAUGUGUUUCUCUUUGCAAUCAAAACACAAUUGGUGUUUAUGGAUAAAAUACUUGCUAGCAAUCAAGUAGUUGUUCUAAAAGAUUCAUUUAAUCAUCUUAGAUUUCUUCAUAGUAAUCUAUUUAGUAAGUCUAGUAUUAUAUUUAGAAUACAAUCAUUACAAUAUUUACUAACUUUUUCAAUAUAAUUGAUGCAAAGACAGGAGCAUUUUUAAGAGCAUAAACAUUUAACUAGAAUAUAAUUCUAAUAAAAUCUUUUAAUAAUACUGUCUACAUGUUUAGCAAUAAAAACCAAAUUUUUUAGUGGAUUAGCACUCAAAACUAAAUGGCGUUAAUUACAACUGCGUAGUAAGGUAUCAUAAAUAGCCAAAGUAAUAUUAUACAAGUUAAUAACAACUAGAGCAGAUUAUUUUUUAGCUCAUUUGAUAACCAAGGCCAGUAGAUAAUAUUUAGUGAAAUAAACUAGAAUGGUUUCAAUUCUAUUUCAUUAAAGUAUGAUCUCUUAGUAACAAUAAUAAAAGGAAUUAUUGUACUUUAAAAUAAUUAAUAUCAAGUUAUGUUAAUUAAUUUGGUUGAGUAAACUAACAAUAUUAUUGGUUUUAAUAAUAUAACUACUUCCUAUAAGUGUAAUAGUAUUUAAGGAGGUGUGACGCAACUUGAAAUAAGUGUCACCACUUAGACAUACUUCCUGCUAUUCUAAAAUACUAACGCAAUAGUAUACUUUUCCUAAUAAAAUUAGUAGUGUUCAAAUUCUUUAGAAAAUUCAAUGCCUUUAAAAAUAUAGCUUAUUCAAAUAAAUUCCUCUCUUUCAAGUAGUGGAUUUAAUUAAUUAUUGCUAGCUUCUUUUGCUUCUAAUUAAUUUAAAAUUUAUAAUCCCCAAAAUUAAGUUUCUCUAUUUGAAAUUAAAAUUGAUAACCAAAUUAUUGAUUUUAAUAGUCUUUUAGAAAGUAAUAAUUCGAAUAAAAUUUACUUUUUAAAAUAAAACAAAAUCAUUGACGUAUAUGUAAUUCUUUUUGAUUAAUCAACUAACAGUAUUACGCUCAAUAAAAUUAACAGCUUAUAAUCUCUAAUAUCAAAUCCAAUGCAACUAAUUACUAUACAGUAAGCUAUUUCCUCUUAAUAGCCUAUAUAAAUUGGUGUGAUAGGAUAAGAUAUUCAAUUAAUUGACAUUUCAUAAGACAAUACAUAAGGCAUUACUGUUAAUUAUUAAGAGGUAGCAAACUAUAAUCAAGGACAAAUCAACAAACUCUACUAUGCAGAGGAAAUAAAUCUAUCUAUAAGUUGUUCAUAAGAUGGCAAAUUGGUUGUAUGGAAGUAAGUUGACCCUCUAAACCCUUAAUUUUACUAUCAAGUUUAAUUUCCUAACUAAUCUUGUAUUGACGCAAUCAUAUUUUAAUCUAGGCUGGUUGUAUCCCUUUUCUCUAAUUAAAUUUACAUCUUUAAUAUAUUUAAUUAGUAUAUCAACUAAAGCAUACCAAUUAAUAACCAGUAAUAAUCAGGAAUUAAUAUAUGUAAUAAUAACAUAUUCCUUUUUUUUAAUUAAUAAAUUUAAGUAAUGACAGACAUUAAUCAAGUUUUUUAUACAUUUUAAAUUCCCAAAUAAGCAUAAAACGUUUUUUAUUCCGCUUCAAACGACAUAUACAUAUUGGACAAAACUAACACUAUAACAGCUUACUCAUUUAGUAAUGGCUCUAUUUAAAUAAAAACUACAGUCACGCCAUACCAGUUCUAAGUACCUUUGGUUAAAUCUUAUCUUUUUGAUCUAGAUAAUGGAGAUGUUCGCUUGAUGGUAGCUGAUACUAACAACUAAAUAACAAUCUUAAAUAGUUAGCUAAAUCUUUCUUUUCCCCUAAUAAAAUUGGAUGGAGUAAAUAGAUAAAUUUACUAAUAUAAUUCUACACUUUAUUUUGUGCUACUCUUUGCUCCAAACAAAAACAAAAGUUACCCUUUCGCUUUUGAAUGCAUAGAUCUUUCGACAACAACUCCUUCUGUUUUAAAUGUUCACCAAGUUUUGAAUUGCGUUCAGAUAGUUUAUGUUAAAAAGUAAAUGAAUAAUCCUCCUGAAUUAGACUAUUACUUUUAUUUAACUGCAAUAGUUCCUAUGGGCUAUACAAGUAUUAUGAUUGAAGUAACUUGGAAUAAAAAAUUACAAAACAAUGUAUUAGAAAAAUUUAUUUACUAUCCUAAUCAGUCAAUAAAUAUUGCAUAUCCAAGUAAAGGAAAUACCUUAAUUAUGAGCGGAACUUUAACUGGUUAUGUUGGUGUAGUUCCCUACAACAAGUAAGGUUCUAUGCAAAACAUAUUUUCUCUACCAACUUUAUCUAAUGGAGAUUAGAUUAAAUAAGUUUAUUACAGCUUUAAGUUAGGUUUGAUUUUCAUUUAAGCUUAAAAUGAUGUUUAUUUAUAAAGUAUAUUUACUUUAUAACAAACUGGAAAACUUUCUCUAGCAAAUGUUAAUGGAGACUCAUAUAUUAAUGGGCUCUAAUUUUCAGAUAUUUCAAAAAUAUUUGUUUUCUACACAUGCUUUAUAGAUGAUAAAAGCUAAUAAAUAAUUGUCUAUGGAGAUUCAUUGGUCUAAUAUGAUUUCACUUUAUCAAACUAAAAAGUUAUUUCUACACCUUUCUAGCAAAACUAUACUUAGUGCAUAUUUUUACCAAAUAAUGUAAUGUGUAUAAUGAAUAAUAACUACAUUUAAUUUUUUAAUAGAGGUACCUAAUUAGUUAGUACAAUGAUCCUUAAAAUAACCUCUAUGAAUUAGUUUAGCAUACUGGGAGACAAUGAUAAUUAAUUCUUGUAUGUUUAUUAAAAUAUGAUUGAAGUAUAUACUUUUUAAGGUGUAAUAAAGUAAACUUUUACUUAAAUGAAUAUGUACAUAUUCUAGCUUCAGUUUUCAGGACUAUACAUAGUGGCUUACACCUCAUCAACUGCCUAUAUAAUAUCAAGAACAGAUCUCAGUUUAAUAAAUACAUUCCAACCAUCUGGCUCAUCUUUGAUGAGAGGCUUUUAUUUUAGUGAAAUCAAUAUGAUUGCAUACAUAACCAAUGAAAUAAGAUUUGGAUAAAUUAAAUUUUAUAACUUGAAUAAUUUUUAGGCACUUGGUAGCUUAACAAAUCAAUUCACUUAAAAUUAGGUUGGAAUUCCAGUUGAAAUGUACUACGAUGCUGAUAAUUCUAUGAUUAAUUAUAUUGAUUAGUAUGGAAAUUAGCAAUUAGCAAAUUUUGGAGCCUAAAUAAAUACCUACAAUAUGAUUGCUAUACCUUAAAUGUAGUAAUAAAAAAUACCAUAACCAACUGAUAUGAUAACAAAUUCUGAUAUGAAUGAAGAUUAUAUUUACAAUCCCUAAGGAGUUUGGAGAGUUAGUAAUAGCUUGCUAUUAAAGGUUUUCUAAAAUUCAUUUAAUAAAAACAAGUAACUCUAUAUAUUAAUGAAUACUUAAUAUGAUUCUACCUAAAAUAAUGCCUCAAUGGUUUUUGUUGAUAAUAAUAAUAAUUUAUUCAAUUACUAAAAUUUCUAGGUCACUUACAUAACUGCAUUCAAUAACUAGGUUUCAGAAAUGAGAGUUAUAUAUUAAUAAAAUACCAGAUUUAAUAUUUUGGUUUUUUCUUAAUCAAUUAUAUUUUUUGUAGGUGAGAACGUUUAGUUUUCUAAUAUAUCAUCAGCUCAAACUAUUUCAAAUACUAACUUAAGAAAAUUCCUUUAUUCAGAUAACGGAUACGCUAUAUUUUAAACAUAUUAAAAUGAAAUAGUAGAUUAUAAUUUCAGUAAAAGCUAAAAACUCUACUCUUUUACUUUUGAUUAAAAUAGCAUGAUUUAAGAUGUAUUCGUUUACAUUAAUCCUCUUGACCUGAAAACAUAAUUUCUCUAUUUUUCAACCAGUACAGGGAUGAUAUAUGCUUAUGAUAUGGUCAAUAAAAAAUUUGCAUCUUACUCACUCUUUAGUAAUUAAGACGUUGUUAUGAAAUUUGUUUUGCUAAAUUACCCUAACAUAUCUUUAUUAAUGAAAUCUGGCAAUAUCGUUGAAGUAGAUUGCACUAGUUUCACACUCUAGAGUACUCAAAACUUAAAUAAUAUUGCAAAGAAUUUUUAGUUACCUAUUUCUGAAGUCAAAACAUAAAAUAUUCCUAUGUUAUAUUAUGACAAUAAAAGUAAUUACUUUUAUUUAAGUAUAGCUGAAGAAAAAUAGCUUGGAGUUUUUAGGAUUAGUGAUAACUAGCUAGUGGCUACUCUUGGUUUCCCUUAGUCAUACAAAAAAAGCUUUAAUAUAACAAAUAAAUAUAUCAUUUUGGGUUGUCCAUAUUAAUUAAAUUUUUACGACAGACAGUUUAACUCUAUCGGAAGAUUUAGAAGGUCUAUCUAAAAAUCUAUUAAUUAGAUUAUAUAAAUAUUUGAUGACUACUUUUUCAUUGUACAGUCAGUAGCAAUAGAAACCAUCUUUAUAAAUUAAUCUACCUCUACUAUUUAACUAAUUGAUAGCAUCUUGUUGCAAAAUCCUUUUAUAUAUUACUACUAAUUAAUUGAUAACUAAAGCUCAAUCAAAAUAAUCGGAAUUUCUCAAUUAGGAGUUUUCGAAGAGCGACUAAGUGUAGGAGUAUUUUAAAAGCAGGCACAAUCUUUAACAAGCUAAAUACUUUCUUGUUCAGCCUAGCUUUCAUAUUAAAAUAUUGUAUAAGUUCAGAAUGAUUUUUACAGUAUUUACACACCACAAGAUAAAAUGAAUAAGAAUUUUUAUUUAUCUGUGAUGAUAAAUAAUGAAAUUCAAUAGUUGAAUUUUUUGAAUUAGUAGGGUAUACAAUUUAUUUUGAGACCUUAAGACAUGAACAAUAACUCAUUAAACAUAAGACCCAGCUCAUUUUCAAGUAUUACUUCCAACUUGUAUAUGAGUUAAUUUAAUUUGAAAUUUGUAGAAUAAGGCUAAUCUAUAAAUUUCUCUCCUAAUUCACGAAACAUAACAUUACAAAAUUUAACAAUCUAAGAUUAAAAUAUUAUGCUUGGAACCUCCAUAAACUUUUAAAAUAAUCAAUUAAUUUAAAUAAUAAACAUGAAUAUAGAAAAUGUAAAUUUCUAAUCUUCGUCAACAAAUAGUGGAAACAAUCAAACAAACAAUUCUCUAUUUUAGUUUAAUGGAAUUGAUUAUAUAUUAAUAGAAGAAAUGACCAUUUAGAAUUUGAAUUAAGCAGAAGGUAAUCUGCAGUUCAUAAAUGCAUAAAAUGUCAAAUAAUUUAUAAUUAGAAAGCUUGUUAUAAUGAAUAGUACAUUUGCAAAUAAUUUUAUUCAACUUAAUUGGCUAGUUAAGCUUAGAAUAAUGGAUUUGCAAAUUAUUGAUUGCCAUAGAACUCAAUAAUCAUAGAGGUUGUUGUAGGCUAGCAAUACAAUUUUACCUAUUUAUGUCAUGCAGUUUAACGGAAUUUAGAAUAUUCAAAUUUUUAACAUGACCCUUUAAAAUAAUAAAGAAAUCUAAUUUAUUGAAACAAGUAAUGCCUACUCAUUAAAUAACCUCACUUAUAUUCUGAAUAAUGAUACUUUUUUCAUACAAAAUUCUAAUUUCGCAAACAACUCUUUUCCAAAUUAAUUUAAUUAUGAUAAUUAAAUUAAUUUAGUUUAUCUACAAACAUCAUUUAUAUAAAUACAAAGAGUUGUUUAUCAAUUAAACUAAGGAAAUAUAUUUAUUAGUGAUGCUUAAUAAGUAAGUAUUGACUCCUCUAGUUUUUAAUAGAAUAAAGGGGUAUUGGGAGCCUCUGUUCAAUUUUAAAAUAUUAAAUAAAUGGUAACAAUUACAAACUCAAUCUUUAAUAAUAAUACAGUUGUAGCUAGUGGUGGAGCUCUCUACUUCGAAAAUAUAAACUCUCUUACAAUCGAUAAGAAUAGUAGCUUCAUUAAUAACUUAGCAUUAAUUGGUGGAGCAAUCAGAAUUGUUAUUAAUGACUAAUAAUAUGAAAAACUCAUUUUUAAUAAUCAAUAUAUUAAUUUCAUAAAAUGUAGCUUUUCAGGAAAUUCAGCAACUAUAUUUGGAUAAGAUAUAGCAAGCUAUCCUUCUUCCUUUUUAGUCAGCUAAUCUAAUAAUAACUAACAAGACUAACAAAAAGUUUUAUAUUAGGGUAAAUUUUAAGAUACCAUAAAGGAUACAAUAAUAAUUAAAAAUCUUUAGAGUGGAGGUAAUGUUUAUCUAAAUGUAUAGAUGUUAGAUGAAUAAGGUAGUAUAAUUAAGCUAGAAUCUGAUAAGAUACAAAGUAAAUCAUAUCCUUUAUCAAUUAGAAAUGAGCUUUAAUAUUAUUAAAUAUAAAUUUAUGGUAAUCCUUCUGAUAAUAGAUUAGAAAUCAAGGGAGAAAGUUUGAUAAGUACCAAAUAGUUUAAUUCAGAAAUAAUGGCAUUUUAAUUUAACAAUAUAGUUUUUUCUGCAAACCCUACUUCUGUCAUUUAAAAUUCAGCUUAGCUCUUGAUGUAAAUUAAUAGCUGGCAUAUUAACUAUGAAAUUAACUUUUAAUUCGAAUUUAGAGAAUGCAUAAAAGGCGAAAUACCUGUUAUGACAUCAAAGACUAUAACUUUCUGUUUGGAAUGCUCAGAAGGUACUUACUCAUUAGAUUUAAUAAGUAACUUAUCUCAUUCGGAUAAUUAGUAAAUAAGCUGUAAGAAAUGCCCAACAGGUGCUUCUGAUUGCUCGGGUAGUUAAAUUAUUUUAAAAUAAGGAUACUGGAGAUUAAAUGAAAAUACAGAUACAAUAGUUUAAUGUAAUUAAUUAAAGCCUGAAAUUUGUGAUUUUAACUCUACCUCGAGCUUAUAAGGAUGCAUUGAAGGGCAUAUUGGUCCUUUAUGUGAAACAUGUGAUAAUUUUGGAGAUCUUUGGAAAGGGAAAACUUAUUCUCUGUCAUUUUCUGAUUAUACGUGCAGUGAAUGUAGUGAUUAAAGUCUUUAGAUUGUUUAUAUCGUCUUGCUAUUCCUUUGUGUCUUUGCUUACAUUUAUUUUAGUAUUUUCAUUUUCUUAAAUAAUUAUAUUUAUAAUUCUACAUGCUCAUAUAUUCGAUAUAUGAAUAUCCUUCCCUUUUCUAAGAGCAGCAUUUAAGACGAAUCAACUUUUGUGAUUAAAUAACUUAUAAACUUUUUACAAAUAUCAUAAGUUAUUUAUCAAAUAAAUUUAAAUUUUAUUCCUUAAGCUUUUUCUUUUCUUCCUGCUGUUGCUGGAUAGCCUAUGGGUAAAAUUAUUGUUAGUAGUUAAUGUCUAUACACUAGUAUUAGAGGGUUAUUUGGUUUGAAUGAAGAAAUAAAAAUAAGAUCACUAAUCUAUAUAUUAGUUCCCUUCUUCUUCCUGAUAGUAACUGCGUUAGUAUUAUAGGUGCAAAUAAUUUUUAAACUAUUUAAAAUUAACAAAUAUCACUUAUAUGUGCUUUUAACUAUUUUGUUCUUUUUUUUCUAGCCGAAUUCAAUACAAUUUUUAACAUCUACAAUGACUUGCAGACAAGUUGGUGAUUAAAAAUAUGUAAGAACAAGUCUUAUUCUCAGCUGUGAUGAUGAGAGCUACUAAUACUUUUAAUACUAUGCAGUAUUGCCAACCUUAAUAUUUUGGGUAUUGUGUCCUCUAGUGAUUUUAUAUAUUUUCUUAAAAGAUACAAAUAAAUCUAAGAAUAUUGAUUAUUGCAUAAAUAAGUACAAAUACGGAUACUAUUAUCUAGAAUAUAAGAGAAUGUAUUAUUAUUGGGAAUUUAUAAGAAUAUACUAUAGAAUAGUAUUAGUAUUAGUAUCAACUUUACUAGAUUAGUUCAACUAUAUAUCUCAGGUACUAUGCAUCAUUAUUGUUUUUUCGUACAUAUGUUCCCUACUUUAUUAUAAACCCUUUUAGGAUCGUCAUCUUAAGCGCAUAGAAUUGUUUUAAAAUUCUAUUUUGAUUAUAAUUACAUUUUUAAAUUUGCUACUCUAAAUAUACAGCUAUCUCGCUAUUCAAGUAGUCAUGUCCAUUUUGCACUAUGGGACUAUUAUCAUAAUGGUAGGUGUUAUAAUUAAAAUGAAAUUAUUCAAUAGCUAAUUUCUAAACAGUAGAAUUAUUCAAUGCUUGAUUGGGUAUUUAUUACCAGCUAAAAUAAUAAAAAAGCUUGAUAAUUCCAAAAUUUUGAGAGAAAGGGCUCUAAAAUUGUGGAAAAAAAUUUAUUUGAGUAAAACAUUAAUUAGGUAAUAGAGAAUUGAAGAACAAGCAAAAAAAAUUAAUUUUAGCAUAGUCAAUAAAUCAUCAUAGUUAUAAAAUUACUCUGAAGAUGAAGUUUUAGAGGGUAAAGAUUUCAACAAGAAAUAAAUGUUCACUAAAAGUUCUUUACGUAACUCAAACCAAGAUUUGAUUCAGAUGUCUACUUAAAACGAAUAAGAAAGUCCAAAAAAUACUUAUUUUUAAUCUAAAAAAUUAAGUGUUGAUAAUUUUAAGCUCUUAGGAAUUUAAACUAGAUCUCCAAGUAGGAAAGAAAGUUACAAAUUUAAGUCGCAAGAAGAAAAAUAAUUAAGUGUUAUUGUUUCAGCCAACUUCCCAAUAAUAGAGACAUCUGACUUUGAUGAAUUAUAAAAACCAAGAUAAAUAUAUAAUAAUAAAAAAGUUAAUGAAAAAUAAUAAAAAUUGAACUGA